GUGACUGAAGCACAAGGUUUUGCGGGAUCACAGAUUGACAGAGGAACACGUGUUGGUGACAAGCGUCAAAUGUCAACAUUUUAAACUGACGUUGAAUACACGAGGUGAGACUCUUAAAGCAUGCAGCCCCUGAGAGAUCAGAUAGAGGAGAUGAGAGGUAACCAGGAGAGCCUGGCUUUCUGGCAAAGACGUAGGAGGUUCCUCUCCGUACACUGGAACAAGUUCCCCCCGGAGGAGCUCAACAGUCUCUCCUACUGCUACAGUAGUGUCAUGGUGUAUAGCUGUCGCUACCCUCAGGCAAUGAUGAACCGCCUGUACGAUCUGGCUAUGGAGGUGGUCGAUGACCUUCAGAAGGAGAAAGAGGGCAAGGUCAUUCCUCAGGAAAUCAAGACAAAAUGGGAUGAGGCCAUUUCUGAGCCAUUGACUUUUGAAAGGGUCAUGCUGAACAUCGAAGAGACAGAGAGGUCAAGGUUAUUGGACGAUGAGGAGGACAGUGAGGAUUUUGUAGAGGAGGAACAGUCAGAGGAGGAAGAGAGGAUGAGGAAAGACAGAGGAAAGGGAGGAAUAUCUGACAAUGGAAUGUACACAGAGACAAGCACAAGUCCUACCUUAGAAGUGGCAGCAGAGGAAGAAGAUGCAGCCAAUUACCCUUGCAAUAUGGAACAGCCUUCACCUAAAAUUCCUAAACCGGUUCAAAAUCCUCUAAGGUUACAGACAGAGAAUCUAGCAAAGAUUAUGAAUUUCUCCCCGAAACAAACCAGCAAUGCAAGUGUUGAGUCACAAUGGAAGUAUAACACUCCUCUAUUGAACAAACAAACAAAUUUCAAAAAUGACAAUCAGCCAGAAAGAAAAUUUUUUUCACCUAGAGACAAUGGUUCCACUUUGAAGCCAAGCACAGCAACCACUCCCCGCCAGAAUCCUUUGCAGCAGCAACAGAAAUCUUCUCAAGCUGGUGAAAAACAGAGGCAUGCUUUGGGUGAUGCUUUAUCAACAGCUUCAAAGUCCAAUGCUCUUUUGACAACACCUGUACACAAGGCAUCGAUAACAGCUGGAAAAUGGAAACAGGAAUACAAUACAACUAGUUCUAAAGAUAUGAGAAAAAAGACUGAACUAUUGCAAUGUGAAAGCCCCAGUCAUCCAUUGAGUAACAGAGCAUUGGAAAAACAUAGUGGAAGCAGUGCUCUUCAAGACCAAGCAACUGGAUCAAAAAAAGCUAGCACCUGGAAACAGACCGAGAUGACACCAGUAAAACUUGCAGGGAAAUCCGAAUGUGUCAAGAAGUCCCCCACAAUCCAGGUGGAUGAGGCAAAACCUGGAAAUGUUGACACAAAGGCUAAAAUGGUAACAUUUCAAGAGCAAACCAAGAAGAACGAGCUAUCAGGAAAGAGAGUAAAUGCAGCUUAUAAGUCUGUUUGGAAGGUGCAUUCAAGCAAUCCUGUUGUUCGAAAGGAUCAAAAAGAUGACCUGCCUAGGAGGAAAAGAUCCAAUGAUACAAAGACAGAUGAAUUGCAGAAAUCAUACACCAAGAAAGGUUUGCAUCCUCAGAUGUCUGAUGAAACUCUUAGUGGUAGGGAGGCUACCAAAAAGGGAAGAAAUGACACCAGCUUCAAAGGACCCCAGAGGACAUUAUCUAACGUAGACAUCAAUCCUGUUGUUAGAAGUUCAAGGGUUUUUUCUGAGACUCGAGAAAAUUCCACCAGAGGACCUCAGAGAAGAGGCGAUACGGCAUCCAGGGUGAUAUACUCCUCCAACUUCACCAAACCACCUCCGCUUCUGCCAGUCAGGAACAAAAUGGAUGAAAAAUACAAAGGUCCGGUGAGCGGCAGACAAGCUCCAGGGAGUUAUCCCAAGAGUUACCUCCCCCAGUCUCAGGAAAGUCUGAAAAAUCCUAAAGCCACAGUCGUGACAGACCGAGGUGAUAAACCCAAAAGAGCAGAAAAUGCACUCAAGUCCACUCAUGGGUCAACAGGCAGUCGGCCAAGUAAUUCAAUUUUCAAAAAUUUCCUUCAAGGUCUUCUGCAGAAAGCCAAAAGAAGCAACUAAUUAUUGAUUUUUUACACCAGUUUUUUUUUUUAAUUUUAACAGUUUUAUAUGUAUAAGACUACAAGUAUUGCGUUUCUGUCAAGGGACAGCUUUAAAUGC